AUGGCUCAAUUUGCCCAGGUUCUAGCUGAAAUAGGUGACUUUGGUCGCUUCCAGGUACAGUUGACAAUCCUGAUGAGUAUCCCCAACUUCCUGUCCCCCUUCUAUAUGUUUAGCCAGGUCUUCAUGGUCCUGGAUGAGACCCACUACUGUUCAGUGGCCUGGGUCAAGAACCACACGCUCAACCUGAGUGCAGCUGAGCAACUGACACUGAGCGUGCCUCUGGAUGCUGAGGGCAGACCUGAGUCCUGCCUCAUGUUCCGGCCACCCCCCAAUAACGCUAGCCUGGAGGACAUCCUCAGCCACCGCUUCAAUGAGACACAGCCUUGUGAGACCAGCUGGCACUAUCCUGAGGACAAGCCCCAAUCGCUGUUGAACGAGUUCAACCUGGUGUGCCAUCGGAAGCACCUGAAGGAGACCUCGCAGUCGGUGUUCAUGUCGGGACUCCUUGCUGGGGCCCUCAUCUUUGGGCCCCUCUGUGACUGGAUUGGCCGCAAAGCCUCUCUCCUGGUGCAGCUCCUCCUGACUGCCUUCGUGGGCCUGGCCACGGCCUUUGUGCCCAGCUUUGAGUUCUACAUGGUCCUGCGCUUUGCUGUGGCUACCGCUGUCUCUGGAUUUAUGAUAAGCACUGUCACCCUGAUUUCAGAGUGGGUGAGCCCCUCGUGGAGGACUCGGGCCGUGAUCCUGGCCCAGUUCACCUUCGCCUUGGGACAGAUGGUGCUGGCGGGACUUGCUUAUGGUAUCCGCAACUGGAGGCUCCUUCAGAUUGCUGGCGCUGUUCCUUUUUUGCUGUUCUUCUCGUACAUCUGGAUUCUGCCAGAAUCUGCUCGGUGGCUCCUCACCCAGGGGAGGAUAGAGGAAGCCAAACAACUAGUUCAGAAGGCAGCCUCAGUCAACAAGCGGAAAAUCUCCCCAGAGCUCCUGAACCAGUUGGCCCCAGAGAACUCAGCCUCCUCAGGGAAUGCCUUGGAUCUUUUCAGACACCCCCACCUCCGGAAGGUGACCCUGAUUCUCAUCUGUGUCUGGUUUGUGGACAGUCUCGGGUACUAUGGCGUCAGCCUCCAAGUGGGAGACUUUGGCCUGGACAUCUACCUGACGCAGCUAAUAUUUGGAGCCUCUGAGGUGCCUGCCCGCCUUCUCAGCAUCUUCAUGAUGGAGAAGUUGGGCCGCAAGUGGAGCCAGAUGGGGACUCUGAUUCUGGGUGGCCUCAUGUGUAUUAUCAUCAUCUUUAUCCCAGAAGAUAUGCCCUUGGUGGUCACCGUGCUGGCCGUGGUGGGGAAGUUCGCUACUUCUGCUGGCUUUACCAUCUCCUACUUGUACACUAUUGAGCUCUUUCCCACCGUCGUCCGGCAAACAGGCAUGGGGCUGGUGAGCAUCUUUUCAAGAAUAGGCGGCAUCCUCACGCCACUUGUGCUCCUGCUGGGCGAGUACCGCAAGGAGCUCCCUAUGCUCAUCUACGGCAGCUUCCCCAUCGGGGCAGGUCUGCUCUGUUUUCUACUGCCAGAGACACGUGGCCAGGCCCUGAAGGACACCGUCCAGGACCUGGAUCAGGGGCCCAGCACACGAUCUCUGACGGCCGUGCCCCCAGAGAAAGAAAUGGAGUCUACGGGAAGAAGUUCUACUCCAGGGGUGACCACUGUGAGCAGCACAUAUUUCUGA